AUGGCUCAUUCAAGGUUUGAAUAUGUGAAAGAGUUUGAGAAAGAGAACUACUUAUUACCUGAUACAUUUAUCGUCAUCAGGGUGGAUGGGAAGGGAUUUCACAAGUUCAGUGAAAAAUACAACUUCCAGAAGCCGAACGAUAUAAGAGCACUCAAUGUGAUGAAUCGUGCUAGCGAGAAAGUUGUGAGACAGUUCCCUGAUAUUUUGCUUGCAUAUGGAGACUCUGAUGAGUACUCUUUCUUACUAAGGAGAAAUUGUAAUUUAUUUGAAAGAAGAGAAAUGAAACUUGUGUCAACAUUCGCUUCUGCGAUAACAUCUCAUUAUUAUUAUGAGUGGAAUCAGGAAUUUCCUGAAAAAGCAUUGUGGCCAGAGAAUCUACCAAUGUUUGACUCGAGAGCAGUGGUAUACCCUUCUGCAAAACAUGUUCGAGACUAUUUUAGUUGGCGACAAGUGGACUGUCAUAUAAAUAAUUUGUAUAAUACAACGUUUUGGUCAAUGGUUGAAAAGGCAAACUUGACACCUAAAGAAGCGGAGAACAAGCUAAUGGGGACAGUUUCAAGUGAUAAAAAUGAAAUUUUAUUCAAGGACUUUGGAAUUAAUUAUAACGAUGAACCAGACAUCUUCAAAAAAGGUACAAUAAUUGUAAGAGAGUAUGAAUCAUGGAAGCCAGAGCUUGAGAGUGACAAUUCGGCUAGGCAACGGCAACGUAUUGAAAAAAAACGGAAAAGAGCAAACAUAGCAUUUCAUCACGUUGAUAUUAUAAAAGAUGAUUUUUGGAGCUCUCGACCAUGGCUCUUAGAGUGA